UCACUUCAUUCCACCAAUCACCUCUCUCUCUCUCUCUCUCUUUACACACACACAGACACACACACAAGCAAAUCAAGAUGAACGAUCUGAUGACCAAAUCUUUCACGAGCUACGUCGAUCUAAAGAAGGAAGCCAUGAAAGACCUCGACCUCGAAAUGGGCGUGACGACCCCCAUCGACACCAACCUCACCUCCUUCCUCGAAGAAGCCGAGCAAGUCAAGCAAGAGAUGGCCGCCAUCCGAGACACCCUCGCCCGCCUCCAAGCCUCCCACGACGAGGGCAAGUCCCUCCACAACCCCGACGCCCUCAAGUCCCUCCGCGCCUCCGUCAACGCCGACAUCCUCUCCGUCCUCAAGCGGGCCCGCGCCAUCCGCGCCCGCCUCGAGGACAUGGACCGCUCCAACGCCCUCAACCGCCGCCUCUCCGGCUGCAAGGAGGGCACCCCCGUCGACCGCACCCGCUCCGCCGUCACCAACGGCCUCCGGAAGAAGCUCAAGGAGCUGAUGAUGGACUUCCAGGCGCUGCGCCAGCGGAUGAUGACCGAGUACAAGGAGAACGUCGGGAGGCGCUACUUCACCGUCACGGGGGAGCAUCCCGACGACGAGGUCAUCGAGAAGAUCAUCUCCGGCGGCGACGGGAACGGCGGGGAGGAGCUGCUGUCUAGGGCCAUCCAGGAGCACGGGAGGGGGAAGGUGGUGGAGACGGUGGUGGAGAUACAGGACCGGCACGACGCAGCCAAGGAGAUCGAGAAGAGCCUGCUGGAGCUGCACCAGAUAUUCCUCGACAUGGCCGUGAUGGUGGAGGCGCAGGGCGAGCAGAUGGACGACAUCGAGCACCACGUGAUGAACGCGCAGCAGUAUGUGAGCGCUGGAGCGAAGAACCUCAAGGUUGCGAAGGAUCACCAGAGGAGCAGCCGGCGAUGCUUGUGCAUCGGGAUCAUACUGCUGCUAGCCAUUAUUCUUCUUGUUGUCAUCCCCAUUGCCACCAGUUUCACUAGAUCGUGAUGGAAUACUAUUCCUUGAUAUGUUUGUUUUUGCUUUCACUCUCGUGAGAUGAAUGUAUCCAUUCAUGUAUAAUUUCUUGUAAUAUUUGCAAGUAUGAGAAGUAAAUUUCAUUUCAA